GUGCAGGUCUCGGGGAGCAGCGAGUGGAAGGAGCGCUAAUCCCCCACCGGGAUUAGCGCCGAGGCAGCUGCGAUGGGGACGGGUCCUGGGGGGGGCCACCCUCACCCCUCUCCCUCCAGUUCGGACGCACCGAGGUGAUCGACAACACCCUGAACCCCGACUUUGUCCGCAAGUUUGUCCUCGACUACUACUUCGAGGAGAAGCAAAACCUCCGCUUUGAUGUCUACAACAUGGACUCCAAGAGCUGCUCCGCUUUAAAGCAGAAGGACUUCCUGGGUCAGGCCUUUGUGGCACUGGGAGAGGUGAUUGGGUCCCAGCGGGGACGCCUGGAGAGACCCCUAACGGGUGUCCCAGGGAAGCGGUGUGGGACCAUCCUGCUGCUGGCCGAGGAGCUGAGCAACUGCCGGGACAUCGUCACGAUGCAGCUGUGCGCCAACAAGCUGGAUAAGAAGGACUUUUUUGGAAAAUCCGAUCCUUUCCUCGUCUUCUAUCGUAGCAAUGAGGAUGGCACCUUUACAAUCUGCCAUAAGACAGAGGUGGUGAAGAACACACUCAACCCGGUGUGGCAGCCCUUCACCAUCCCCGUGCGUGCCCUCUGCAACGGCGACUAUGAUCGGACGGUGAAGAUAGAUGUGUACGACUGGGACCGGGAUGGGAGCCACGACUUCAUUGGGGAAUUUGCUACCAGCUACCGGGAGCUCUCUCGAGCACAGAGUCAGUUCACAGUGUAUGAGGUGCUGAAUCCCAGAAAGAAAUGCAAGAAGAAGAAAUAUGUGAAUUCUGGCACUGUGACGCUGCUCUCCUUCUCCGUUGAGUCUGAGUUCACCUUCGUUGACUACAUACGGGGCGGGACACAGCUGAAUUUCACUGUUGCCAUUGACUUCACGGCCUCCAAUGGGUUGCCAUCACAGCCCACCUCGCUGCACUACGUGAGCCCCUACCAGCUGAGCGCCUAUGCCCUGGCACUGAAGGCAGUGGGGGAAAUCAUCCAGGACUACGACAGUGACAAGCUCUUCCCUGCCUACGGCUUUGGUGCCAAAGUCCCACCUGACGGCAAGAUCUCCCACCAGUUUCCUCUGAACAACAAUGCGGAGAACCCCAGCUGUGCUGGCAUUGAAGGCGUGCUGGAGUCCUACCUCCAAAGCCUGCGCACCGUCCAGCUCUAUGGUCCUACCAACUUUGCUCCCGUCAUCAACCAGGUGGCUGGGACAGCCGCCCAGGUGACUGAUGGCUCACAAUACCACGUCCUCCUCAUCAUCACUGACGGUGUCAUCUCUGACAUGCUGCAAACCAAGGAAGCCAUUGUCACCGCUUCCUCCCUGCCCAUGUCCAUCAUCAUCGUGGGAGUAGGUCCAGCUGAGUUUGAGGCCAUGGAGGAGCUGGAUGGUGAUGAGGUACGGUUGUCUUCCCGGGGACGGUAUGCUGAGAGGGACAUUGUACAGUUUGUGCCAUUUCGGGAUUACGUGGAUGACUCAGGCAACCAGGUGCUGAGCAUGGCCCGCCUGGCCAAGGAUGUGCUGGCUGAGAUCCCCGAGCAGCUUCUCUCUUACAUGAAGACCCGUGACAUCAAGCCUCGCCGGGCAGGUCCCGAGUAGCUCUUCCAUGAGCCAUGGGACUGGCUGGUGAGGCAAGGAUAUAUCACCCUUUUUCUGCCGGUGGCCAGGGCUUAACUAUGGAGAUGUGGCCCCAUUAGGGAGAUAAUCAGCUGCUAUGGUCGGUCAAAACAGGGCUGAGACCCGCUUCUGGCAGUGAGACCACAGGACUGGACACCCUCGGCUGCCUCUUCCUCCUGCCAGAUGUCCUGCAGCCAAGGCGGGACUGUCCCUCGGCAGUGGCAGUGCGGGCAGGGCCAGCGCCGGGGAGGACACGGUG